CUGAGCCAUAACCAGCUGGGAUGCACGUCUGUGGGAGAAAUCAACUCUGCACAACGCCUUCAUAGUCCUACAGAAAGCAGGUAUUACCAUGUAUGUUAUUGCCUGGUGUUGAAUGAACCAUGGAGGGAUCCAGCGUCACCAUCUUCAUCACUGUACAGAAGAUCUACUACCCACUCCUUUGCAUUAUGGGUAUUCCAGCCAACCUCUUCACAUUCUACAUGAUCUGCUUCCGUAAGUGUGGGAUGUCUGACACAGCCAUCAUCUACCUGAGCUGCCUCGCCAUCGUGGACACCUUCUACCUGGUGUGGGUGAUCCUUCUUGACCUGACGCUCACCUUCUGGCUGCUGCAGCCCUUCUGGCACUCCCAUCCCUGGUGUGGCAUCAUGGGCUUCCUGCAGUACGGAUCGCUCUACAGCUCCUCCUGGAUCGUGGUGGUGUUCACCAUCGAGCGCUACCUCGUCCUCAGCAGCACCACGGCCAAGCAGCACCUCUCCCAGACUCGGGUCACCAAGCUUACUUGUAUAGGCAUCGUCCUGGUGUCCCACUUGGCUUCAGUGCCGAUGGGCUGGAUCAACCAAGUGACGCCUGUCAACUACACUGUGGAGGGGGAGAACGUCACGCUGCCCAGGUGUCGCUACCGCAACCAGACCUACUCCACUGUUCUGGUGUGGAUAACCACCUUCCUCUCGGGGGGAAUCCCCAUUGUGUUGGUCAUCAUCUUCAACUACCUCAUCGGGUAUCAUCUAAGCCGUGCCAGCAAGCUCUUCACCAAGGAGGAGCGGCGGGUAAUACGGGGCAGGAGCACCAGGGGCAUGUUGAGAAGGACCUUCCUGGUUCUGGGCACCGUCUCCGUGGCCUUUGUCGUGCUCAGCCUGCCUCGCUUCGUCACCUACUGCAUCCUGCGAACAGAGUACAACAAUGAGGCAUUCGACAGGAAUGACUACAGCAUCCCCAUUAAUGUGGCCAGCGACUUGGCCAACAUGCUGCAGAACCUCAACUCCACCACCAACUUCCUGCUCUACUGCAUGGUUAGCAGGCGAUUCCGGCAGGAGCUGCUGCAGGUGCUGACAUGCAAGGCCAAAGCGCGUGAACUGGGCUCCUUCCUCACCCACACCACCAUGAAAGUCUUCACGGUCACAGAUCACAAGGCCUUGUCAGCCAGCAACCCUGUAACAGUAGUGCUGACUAAUCUCAGACAGACACAGUAGGAAGUAAGACACGCUGGAGAUCAUUAAAGGAUUACUUUGCCCUUCUAUUAUUUACCAUUUGCUCACGCAGAACACAACAUGUUUUCAAACACAUUCUUCAGAGAGAAUGAAGAAUCCAAAACCUACAGCCACCUCUUUUGGCAUGGAAUUGAAUGGUGACUUCAGCAAUCAGCGGCAAAAGAGAUAUGAAAAUACUUUUUCAAUUCAAAAAAAGACCAAAGACCCACCUCCACCUUUCUCCAGAAGUCCUACUCACUCAGUGACACAUCUGUAAAAAAGCGCAUAAAAUAUAUUUUUAAGGAUUUUAACCCUAUAAAGCCUGAACUAUGAAAGAAUUGGCAGAAAAUUCCAGUUU